AGUUAGGCAAGAUCCAAUUACGGUCACAUGACGUAGCAACAUCAAACAGUCUGGGCUCCCAUUAGGGAAGGAGAGGGAAUAUUAUGGAAAGAGCCCGCCAGCCAGUUGCAAUGGAAGCAGUACGUGAAGAAGAUGACGAAGAAUCCUGGGAUGGAUCACAAGCAUCAGGGGAUGAAGGUGGAGGGGGGAUUAGAAAGAAAGGCCCCAACCAGUUUGAUAACUUGUGUGAUGGGGUAUUGAAUGCAAUAGCUUUGGUGCAUGAGGAGUUACAAGAAUUUUUGGAUCUGAAAAAUGAGCUGCUUCGCCAUGCUUUACCCCCCAAUGUCUUGAUGAAGAUUGGAAUUACUUCAGGAAAAGUAUACAGGCGGAUGACAGACCUGAAUGAGCCAGUGAAUGAACUGGUUCGAUUGGUACGGGUGUACUCCACUCCGUGGGAAGAAAAAAGUGCGGCUCUGAAGAAAUUACAUGAAGAUUAUGAAAAUAAACAAAGGCAGCUAAAUGUGGCUAUAAAGAGACUGCAGCUUGUGGAUGCUCAUUCCAAAAGAAUAGCCAGAGAGAAACGCAUAAUGAAUUGGGAGAAACUUUUUGCACGCAUGACAACUAAAAAAGGGCAUGGCAGGCGCUGGAAGUUUCUGAUAGAAUCUGUAAAGGAGAAGUCUAAGCUAGGUCUUGAGGUCCUGCAGGGCUAUCUUCGUCAACUAGACAGAAGUGAUGACGAGGAAGAAGAUUGGGAUGACGAAGAAGAUAAUAAAACACAGCUAAUAACAUCUGGGAAUUCAGAACCUGCUGAAAGUGAUGAUGAACUACAGGGUGAAGAAGAUGAGGGUAAUGUGGGAGAUGGCAGUAGCGUGGGCAGCGGGGAGGCCGAGCUGAAGGUGAAGAUGCCAGGUCUCCCUGGAGAGGAGGAGGAGGAGUCUUCAGAUGAUGACGCUGAUGACGAGGCAGAAGUUGAUGCCAGAACAGAAAGCAGGAAAAGCUCAAGCAAGAAAGUCACGUUCGUGGAGCCAGAAAAGCCUGAGACGUCAGACAAAGCAAUAUGGACACAUGAACCCAGUUAUGACAGGUACCUUCACAUCAGGGUUCUAAAACCUCAGGGUUUGGAUGAAAUCAGGGACCUCAAAUGUGUGAUCAGCUACAAAACAGAAUUCUUCAAGACAAAAAUACUAGAUCCUUUACCAGUGGAAUCGGAGGAUGAGGAAGAAAAGAAACCCAAAUCCCCACCCAAAAAGAAGAGGGGUUUAAUUGGUACCAAAGCUCCAGUUAAAGAAGAAAAGAAAGAAGAGAAAAAACCAAAGGAACCUCCCAUUGUCUUUGAAGAUUAUGUGUUCAAAGUGCCCAAUGAAGUCGCCCCUGGUGUUAAAAGGCCAGUGAGUAUUAUUCCAGAACACAUCAAGGUAGCAGUGCAUCAUGGGCCAGAGGAAGAGAUGUUUGCCAUGGCAACUAUUGAUUUAAAUGAUAUUGAAAACCAAUUGGACCUCCCCAGUAUUAUUGUACCCCCAGAUGACCCUGACCCAGAUGGAGAAGAGGGCUAUGUUACACCCGUUCCUUCGGUGGAUGGAAAUCCAGCAGCUGCUCCCUUUGACCUCCAAACUGAAAAGGAGGCGUUAAUAGCGGCCACAUCCCCCCUGUCUUUCCCCCUCUACUCUAUACAUGCCACUAAUGCCGCGGGUGUUCACAUGCCUGCAGGAAUGCAACCUCUGAUUCUCUUCUGGGAGAAACGAACACAACUUCAAGUGGCGGAUAAAAAAAUUACGACUGCCUCUGCCACAGACCUUGUGUAUGAACUGACCGGCAUUGACCUAAGAGUGACCAGUAAGGAAGACCUUCACCCUGAAACUGUGGAGAAAGCUUUAUCUGUGAUGUCCAUGUCCCCAGAACCCACCCAGGAAAUUGUACCAAAAGAAGAGCUGGAACAAGUGAUGGAGAAACACAAGGAGGAAAUGGAGCUGCUACAACAGGAAUACGAAGCUAGGCUACAAGAACUUGCAGAGAGUUUAGAGGAUUUAAGAAACAACCCCAAGGUAGUGACAGUGGAGCGGACCAGGACUCCCAGUCCCAAAGUGAGGCAGAAGAGCCCCUCCCCUCCUCCAGAGAGGAACCGCCCCUCAUCUGCACCAAAAGAAAAGGUUAAGAAACCCAAGCCAGUUAGGAUGAUAAUACCACAUCCUCCUACAAGACCAAAGAAGAAUUUCCUAGUGGGAAAACCAUUGCCUAAAUGGGGAGAAACUUUGCCUGAAGAUUUCUUUGAGAGAAUGCAAGUCUUGCAAGAUGAGAAUUACAAGAAAAAGAAAGAUCUCCAUGAAAAGACAUUACGUGAUAUACAAGACACAAUAGAGCGACAGCUAGCAACUCAAUACAAACUGUCACAUGACCCAGGCGGUGAGAUGUAUGACGCUUUGAGAGAUGUUAGUCUUCCUGCCUUAUUUAUGCCUUUUAAGAGUGGUGCUGUCUACAACCCUAGAGCUCAUCAGUAUUUUCAUCCUACAGGUUCGUCAGACGUCAGGUUAUCCCAACCUCCCUCGAUGCUGCAGUUGCCGCCAUUACCCAAAAAUAAAUUAUCUGUUGUCAACCUCUUCGACCUGAGCCAAAAUUUCCACACUCAAGGACCAGAGUGGCUCUUACAGCAGUACUACAGUCAACAGGAGGACGUACCCGAGAGUCGCAAGUCACGGCGUACCCCCAUGACUCCCGCUCCCACCAUGAAUAUGCCGCCAUCUACAGUAGGAGGACCAAGGGAAGGAACUGUGGUCUCUCAGAAAUCUGAACCUCCACCUGAGACACAGAAGGCGUGAAUGGAAGAAUACUUUUUUGCCAGAUUUGAUUUUAAUCAGGAGACAUGAGGAGAGUUUAAUGCAGCUUCACCAUUAAAUACUGCUGGUAAUAAUCUUUCAGUAUCUCUUGCUGUGUCCCCUGUGGUGCAGUGACAGAUCUGUAUUCAGUUUAGUUUAUUCCUGGUUUCAUGGCUGUAUUUAACUCUUCUUGUUUUCACUGAGACAACACAAAUAUUAUGUUAGUUAACAGGUUAAUUUCCAGACAAAAACUGAAAAACUAUUUCAGCCUAUAACUGCAUAAAAAUAGCAGUUUGUUCAGAAUCAAAGUUGCUCACAACCAUAACCAUAUUUUUAAACCUUCAAUAAUACAAUAGACAGAAAAUACAGUUGAUAACCCUUUUAAUGUCAGACCAGUAGUUUUUACUGUAAGGUUGUAUCCUAUAGAGACAAAAAAAACCUCCAAAAGACGUCAGGUGAAAGUGUAACAUUUCAUUGUUGGGGGGAAUACGAGAACUAAGAAGCAUUCUUUGCCUUUUUAUUUCUGAUUGAUUUAGAUAUGUUAUCUGGUAAAAUGUUGCAUUUUAUGACUAACAUGUUAUGUCCGCCAGGUGAACUGGAAACAACUUUUCUUGUCCUAGGAAAAUAUCACAUCUUGUGAAAAACAUCUGUUAGGAAUUUGAGAUUUGUGAGAUAAAGAGGCAAACUGUCUUGAUAUAUUUUCUUUAUAUCUACACGCUGCUCUUGAAGUCAAGGUUUAGGCCAAUUUUAAAUUUCUUUCAAUUGCUCAAAUAACUUUUUGGCACCCAUUUUAUUGCACCAUGGCAUCUCUGUCAUCAGUGUCAAUAAAUAUGUAGAUAUACCAUACCAAAACACAAUAAUGUUUAUGUAAAGGUGUGGUUUCAAAUUGAAAUAAAUGUUCACAAGAAAAAUCCAUUAUUUUACUAUCUACAAGGGAAAAAAUGACAUUUUAAACGCAAGCAGAUGUUUGUCUUUUACAUAAUUUUCAUAUGCAUCCUUUUGUAUUAAAAUAUUGGAAAAGAAACAUGCAUAUGUUUUCAGGUGCACAUUCUACUAUACUGUUGUUUAUUGUUGGCCUGGGUAGGGAAUAUUUCAAUUUUUAUUUACUUACAAAUUCUGUAUCUUACACUUCAUGUUGUUGACUGCUAUGGUGUAUGAACUGAAAGGUUGGUGACUAAAAAGUGCCUUUACUUUUAUCAAAUACUGACCACAUAUUUGUCUUAGGUUAGUACUUCCCAAAGAUCUGCUGGAGUUUAGCCAACAAAUGUUUUGAUCAAUUUACCUGCUCAUGUAUGUGUACAUCUUGUAUAUAACUGUAUAAAACUGAAUUUGAAAAAUGCAAUAA